AUGGGAGCGAAGGGUGGCAUUCCCGACUCGCUCUCAACCCCUCAGAAAGGUGCUUUCAAUGCUUGGAUUCGCUUGAAGUUUGUCGAUGGGGGCUCUGCAGUCAUGCGAAUUCCAAUGCCUGGAAAGACAAUGUUCCCGGCAGAAAAGAUCCAACGUGAGGUCGCUGUGAUGCGAUUUCUUGCGGAUAAGACCAGUAUCUCGCUUCCGCUUGUUCUCCAUUCGGGCGCAGCUGAGGAGAGUCCGGAUGGCCUAGGUCCGUUUAUUAUCAUGGAGUUCAUUGAACACGAGUGUGACCUCGUUGACGCGCUCAACACACCGGACAUCCCAUACGAAGAGCGCCCCAUUCUGGAUCCAUGCAUAUCCAACGAACGGCUACAUUUUAUAUAUGGGCAAAUGGCGGAUAUCAUGCUUGCGAGAUGUCUCUUCCAAAGACUGGCAAGGGAAGGCCAGCUUUCCAAAUACGGCAACCAAGGGCCAUUUCCCCUGGUCAACGAUGAUUUUAGGCCAGCAAACGUUCUGUCGAACGCCAAAUUCCAAGUCACCGGAACAGUGGACUGGGAAUUCACGUACGCUGGGCCCUGCGAAUUUGCUUACAGUGCACCAGCCUGGCUUCUACUUGAGCUUCCUGAGUAA